ACCACACCACCGCAAUGACACAACCCUCAACAACGCCCGCCCUCGCGGUCCUGGACCCAGCCGUCGGCCAUGACUUCCAGGCCCCGAAGAAGUGCAUCCACGACGGCGACGAUGUCACGUUUUUCUUGGCGUCACGCGCCUACGCCGACAUCAUGACCUUCAUCUUCCAGCUCAACACGGCCAUGAUCCCGCGGAGAGUGAAGCAAGAGCAAGGAACAGCCGUGGUCGAGCAAGAGCAAGGGACGUCAGUCAAGGAGUGGACGCUGCAGGACCCGGACGUGGUGCUGCCGCCCGUGGUGCAGGGUCUGGUGAAGCUGCUCGAGGCACUGACAGCCAUCAUCGACGAGGCGCCCCCCGACCCCGGCCCCCGCCGCUUCGGCAACGUGAGCUUCAGGACCUGGCACGAGAUCGUGCGCGCACGCACCCCCGCGCUGCUCGCCGCUCAUCUCCCCCCCGCCGUCUUGGCGUGGAAAUCCUCCUCCGGCACCCCCGCCCAGAGCGAGCUCGAAGCCUACUUCACCGGCAGCUUCGGCAGCGCGCAGCGCCUGGACUACGGCACGGGCCACGAACUCAGCUUCCUGGCCUUCCUGGGCUGCCUGUGGAAGCUCGCGGCCUUCCCUGCAUCGUCCGACGGCGCCACCGAGCGCGCCCUCGUCCUCGGCGUCGUCGAGCCCUACCUCGCGCUCAUCCGCCGCCUGAUCCUAACCUACACUCUGGAACCCGCGGGCUCGCACGGCGUCUGGGGCCUCGACGACCACUCCUUCGCACCCUACAUCUUCGGCUCCGCGCAACUCUGCCCACCCAUCACAUCGCCCGCCGACAUCGCCGCCGAGGGAUCCCUCGCCUCCGCCCCGCCCCCCGCAGACGUCAGCCGCGCAGCCACCCAGCGCGAGCGCGCGCGCAACAUGUACUUCAGCGCGCUGGGCUUCAUCUACGACGUCAAAACGGGCCCGUUCUGGGAGCACAGCCCGAUCCUGUACGACGUGUCGGGCGUCAAGGCCGGGUGGGCCAAGAUCAACAAGGGCAUGAUCAAGAUGUAUAAUGCGGAGGUGCUGGCCAAGUUCCCCGUCGUGCAGCACUUCCCGUUUGGCUCGCUGUUCGAGUGGGCGCGCGAUCCGGCCGCGGUGGGGAUCAGGGAGAGCGUGCAUACCGCGGCGCAGCCGAAGGCGGUGGCGGAGGCGAUGGCGCCGUUGACGGUGAGGCAGACGGGGCCGAGGGAGGGCAAGGCGGGGGCGGGGGUGGGUGGGGUGGGAGCGAGUGCGGCACCGAUGACAGCAGCCCCGUGGGCGGCGGGAGCAGGGAGCGCGAUGCCAACAACAGCAGCCCCGUGGGCAACAGCCUCUCGAGCCCCGCCACCGCCAUCAACACGCAUGCCGCCCCCCGGCGCAGGCACGGUGGCGCCGUGGGCACGGGGGGGUGCGAGUACAGGUGCAGCGGGUGCGGGGAGUACCCAGCUCGAGCCUGAGCCCGAGCCGGGGGCGGGGGCGGGGGCGGGCACGCGGGCGCCGUGGGCGGAGCGGAAGGGGUAG